AUGCUGGCCCUUCACGAGCUGUAAAACAGGCUGAGUCAUGGGUUGCUGUUGCACAUUACCGAAGUACAGACACCCUGACAAAAAUGAUAUGUCGAGGACCGACAAGUGACGCAUCACAGCAUGAAACAGCCUUCAGUAUUUACAUAAGAAGAGGACCCAUAUGUGCAGGAGUGGCUGCCCUACAUCGCGAUGAUCGCUGCGGCUUUUUUGGUCUUAUUGAGACCCUUGAGUAUUCAAUGUGUGUUGUUACUGUUUUUGCUUUUGGUAGGGACUGUGGCUACCAUCGUGUUUCUAUGCUGCUGGCAUCGCAAACUGCGCAAUGAGAAAAUUCCCAUCAAAUCUGCGCUCACGAGGCGUUCAAGGAGCCGCGAAGCUGCUUUCCGGACGCAUCACUUUCGGUCUGAGGUGUAUCGUCACAGUCCACGUCACAUCAGGAGAAUCACACGAGCGCGUGUUUCUGAAGAAAAGCUUGUCGAGAUACCUGAGAGCACGCCAGACUCGUGCACGAGUGUGAGGAAACGCAGAGUAAAGAAACGCGUCCAGCCAGAGUUUUAUCACUCUGUGCAGCUCACACCAACACGCAAACCAAGCUCCGGCUCCGGGAACGCGUCCCUGCGCUGCUCCAUGUCUUCAUCGGCAGAUUUCUCGGACGAUGAAGACUACAGCGCGAAAUCCGGCACGGUGUCGCCGGCACCGGGAGACACGUUACCGUGGAAUUUACCCAGACACGAGCGCUCGAAGCGCAAGAUUCACGGAGGAUCCGUGCUGGACCCUGCGGAAAGAGCUGUGCUCAGGAUCGCGGAUGAAAGAGACAGAGUCCAGAAAAAGACUUUCACAAAAUGGAUAAAUCAACACCUCUUUAAGGUGCGAAAGCAUGUAAAUGACCUGUAUGAGGAUUUACGAGAUGGACAUAACCUGAUCUCUCUUCUAGAGGUGUUGUCUGGUGAGACACUGCCAAGGGAGCGUGAUUUUCUGAAGACGUUACGGUUGGUGAGUGCGGCUGACGCAUGCACGGUUGAGCAGCAUGGACGUGAGCUUGAUGCUGAUGAGGAUAAGGGGCCACGAGAGAAGGGUCGCAUGCGCUUCCAUAGACUCCAGAAUGUACAGAUAGCACUGGACUAUUUAAAACGGCGUCAGGUGAAACUAGUCAACAUCAGGAAUGAUGACAUAACAGAUGGGAACCCAAAACUGACAUUGGGAUUAAUAUGGACCAUAAUUCUGCACUUUCAGAUCUCAGAAAUCCACGUCACAGGAGAGUCUGAGGAUAUGACAGCCAAGGAAAGACUUCUGCUUUGGUCCCAGCAGAUGACUGAAGGCUAUGUAGGUGUCAGAUGUGACAACUUCACUACCUCGUGGAGAGAUGGACGGCUGUUCAAUGCUAUCAUUCAUAAGUACAGGCCUGACCUGGUGGAUAUGAGCAGAGUAUCAUCACAGAGUAGCAGAUCAAACCUUGAACAAGCGUUCUGUGUGGCCGAGCAGCUCGGUGUGGCCCGACUGCUGGAUCCAGAGGACGUUGACGUGUCAUCGCCAGAUGAGAAGUCAGUCAUUACUUACGUAUCAACAUUAUACGAUGUCUUCCCAAAAGCCCCAGAAGGAACAGAGGGCAUCAAUGCAAAUGAUGUGGAUAUUAAAUGGAUCGAGUACCAAAACAUGGUGAAGUACCUCACUCAGUGGAUCAGACACAAUGUGACUGUUAUGUUGGACAGACGUUUUCCCAGCAGUCCUGUGGAGCUUAAGGCACUUUAUACACAAUAUCUACAGUUUAAAGAGCACGAAAUACCACCUAAGGAGAAUGAAAAGACCAAAAUCAAACAUCUCUACAAAAUGCUAGAGAUGUGGAUUGAGUUUGGCCGCAUACAGCUUCCUCAAGGCUGCCAUCCUAAUGAUGUGGAGAAGGAAUGGGGAAAGCUGAUCGUGGCCAUGCUGGAGAGAGAGAAGAGCCUGAGGCCUGAGGUGGAGAGACUUGAAAUGCUCCAGCAAAUUGCAAACAGAGUCCAGCGAGACUGCGUAAGCGGAGAGGAGAAACUAGCCUUAGCACGAACUGCUCUGCAGUCGGAUGCCAAACGGUUGGAAUCAGGAAUCCAGUUUCAGAAUGAAGCAGAAAUUGCCGGUUAUCUCCUGGAGUGUGAGAAUCUGUUACGACAGCAAGUGGUGGAUAUUCAACUUCUGCUGGAUGGGAAAUUUUACUUGGCCGAUCAGCUUGUGCAAAGGGUGUCAAAGGUCCGUGAUGAGCUGUUGGCCUUGAGAUCGGAGUGUUCCUCUGUAUACAGCAAAGGACGCACACUGACCUCAGAACAGACCAAGAUGAUGAUCUCUGGCAUCACGCAGAGUUUGAACUCUGGCUUUUCCCAAAACUUUAACGGCGGACUGUCUCCAGCCCUCGGGCACGGUGGCCUGGUGACGAUGGGCGGCGGUCAUGCGUCUGCGCUGACCCCUGUGUUGAGCCCAGCCAUGACCCCGGGCAUGCAGCCAGCCUCCGUUCAAACUUUCCUGAGCGGCAGAGGUGGAGGAAUGGAGCCCGGCGCCUUUCAGCAGUUUAAACACAUGCAGAUCCGCAAGCCCGUGCUUAAGUCAUCGUUCAUGGAUCCGAACCUGUCAGAGGAUGAAGUGAAUAUGAAGUUUGUGCAGGAUCUGCUGAACUGGGUCGAGGAAAUGCAGGUUCAGCUCGAUCAGGCGGAGUGGGGAUCUGAUCUGCCGAGCGUCGAGUCAAAUUUGAACAACCAUAAAGACAUGCAGAAAGCCAUUGAAGAAUUCCAGAUGAGCAUUAAAGAAGCCAGAAUGAGUGAGAUUCAGAUGACCCAGCCGUUAAAGCAGAGUUACUCUGAGAAGCUGCAUAAGUUAGAGAGUCAGUACGCCAGACUGCUGAAAUUUUCUACAGAUAGACAGAAACAUCUUGAGAGCUUGUAUGACUUUGUAACGCGCGCCACUCAGGAGCUGAUCUGGCUCAAUGAGAAAGAGGAAGAGGAGGUGGCUUUCGACUGGAGCGAGCGAAGCACUAACAUUUCAAGAAAGAGGGAUUAUCAUUCAGAUCUCAUGAGAGAACUGGAUGACAAGGAAGAGGUGAUCAAGUCAGUCCAGGAGAAAGCAGAAAACCUCCUGUUGGAGAACCAUCCUGCCAGAUUGACCAUUGAGGCAUAUAAAGCAGCCAUGCAGACUCAGUGGAGUUGGAUACUGCAGCUGUGUCACUGUGUUGAGCAACAUCUGAAAGAGAACGCCGCUUACUUUGACUUUUUCAACGAUGCCAAAGAGUCAUUAGAUUACCUGAAGACCCUUCAAGAUGCCAUCCACAGAAAGUACGGCUGUGACCGGUCCAGUAGUUUACAUCGGCUGGAGGAUUUAAUUCAAGAGUCUAUGGAUGAGAAAGAACAGCUCCUGAAAUAUAGCAGCACUGUAGGUGGGUUAGUGGGCAGAGCAAAGUCUGUUGUUCAACUGAAAGCCAGAAACCCAGACAAUCCCAUCAGAACAUCCAUACCGGUCAAAGCCAUCUGUGAUUAUCGCCAGAUAGAGAUCACCAUCGGCAAAGACGACGAGUGUGUCCUUGUAAAUAAUUCACACCGGGCAAAGUGGAAAGUCAUCAGUCCAUCAGGAAAUGAGGCCAUGGUACCAUCGGUUUGCUUUAGUGUACCAGCACCUAACAAGGAGGCAGUUGAAAUGGCAAGCAGAAUUGAGCAGCUGUAUCAGAAUGUGUUGGCUUUGUGGCAUCACUCUCACAUUAACAUGAAGAGCGUGGUGUCCUGGCAUUAUCUCAUGACUGACGUCCGCACCAUCCGCAAAAGCACCGUCGCCUCGAUCAAAACCCUUCUCCCCGGUGAUCAUCAGCAGGCAUUGAGCAGUCUGCAGUCACACUUUGAGGACUUUCUGAGAGACAGCGAAGAAUCUGAAGUUUUCACAAUGGCCGACUGUACACAGCUGGAGAAGGAGGUGCUGGCGUGUAGAGAGUAUUAUGAAGAGCUGCUAAAGUCUGCAGAGAGAGAGGAACACGAGGAGUCUGUUUACAACAUGUUCAUAUCUGAAGUGCGUAACUUCCGGAUGCGUGUGGAGGCUCAUGAGGAACAGCUGAUUCGGAGGAUCCGUACACCGCUGGACAGAGACGACCUGCAGGAGUGCCUGCUGCGGAUCACUGAACAAGAGAAGAAAAAGGUGGAGCUGGAGAGAUUGGAUGAAGACCUGGAGAACCUGAAGGAGAAGUGUGAGGUUUUCCUCAGGCAAGCCGCCGCCUCGCCAUCUGUCCCCACGCUUUCCUCUGAGCUUAACGUCCUUAUACAGAGUAUGAACCAGGUCUACUCCAUGUGCUGCAUCUACCUGGAGAAGCUGAAGACAGUGAGUUUGGUGGUGAAACACAGUCAGAGUGCAGAAGCUCUGGUCAAAUUUUAUGAAGCCAAGUUGUGUGAGGAGGACUUGAUCAAUGCCAACGUAAAAUCUAUUGAUGGUGUCAUGAGCACUCUCAAGCAAUGGAGGUCUGAAAUCGAUGAGAGACGUGAGGUAUUCCAUGACCUGGAGGAUGAGCUGCAGAAGUCUCGAGUGAUCAGCGAGCGCAUGUUUAAGACGCACAAUGAAAGAGACUUUGAUUUGGAUUGGCACAAGGAAAGGGCUGAUCAACUGAAAGAGAGAUGGCAAAACAUUCACUCACAGAUCGAAAACAGGCUCAGAGACUUGGAGGGCAUCAGUAAAUCUCUCAAGUACUAUAAAGACACAUACAUCAGCUUGGAUGAGUGGGUCAGGGAAAUGGAAACCAGACAGCUCAAGGCCCAAGAGAAUCAACCUGAGGACAGCAAAGCCUUGGCUGAGUUCCUCAACCAGCAGAAAGUUCUGGUUGCAGACAUUGAACAGAAACAGAGUAAAAUUGAAGAGUGCCAGAAGUAUUCUGAGCAGUAUGCAAUUGGAGUAAAAGACUAUGAAUUGCAGUUGAUGACCUACAGAGCCAUGGUUGACUCUCAGCAUAAGUCACCUGUAAAAAGAAGGAAGAGGCAGAGUUCAUCUGAUGUCAUUCAGCAAGAGUUUAUGGACCUUCGUACACGUUACACUGCCCUGGUCACUCUCAUGACACAGUAUGUGAAGUUUGCAGGUGAAACCCUGAAGAGGGCAGAGGAGGAUGAGAAAACUGUUGAGGAUGAGAAGAAAGAGCAUGGCGAUAAGGUUAACAAGUUAUUGAACUGGAUGUCCAGUAUGAAAUCGAACCUGGACAAUGAUGGAAAGGCUCUAAGUGAUGGUAAACCCAGCACUGAGAGCUCUAGUAAGCCCCAGACAUCAGUGGAAGAAAUUGUGACUAAGAAGGAACAAAUAGCAGAAGCAAUAAGAACAACACAGCUGAUGUUAACCAAACACAGUGACAAAAUGACUGAGGAAGAAAAGCAAGAAGCGAAAGACCAGCUGAAAUCUCUUAAUCAGGCCUACAGCGAGCUGUCUCAACAGUGCGCCGCUGAUCCGGGAUUGCAGGUCAUUGAAGGCAUUUUGGACGUUGAAAGUGGUGCUGUCAUGACUGUGUGUUGCUCUGUGCAGAAUGGUCUCCUUGACCACAACACAGGACUCAGUCUUCUUGAAGCCCAGCUUAUAACCACUGGGCUCAUUUUACCUGAACGCCAAUUGUGUACAGACUUGGAAGAGGCAUUCAGAAACAGACUUUUGGAUGAAGCAAUGUUCAAGCAACUGCAAGACUUGAAUGAAGCUAACAAGCGUGUGCAGGAUCCCCAAUUUGCUUCGAGACCCUUACCGGUUAUAACUGCUUUAGAAAAUGGUGCUAUAUCUGAACAAACAGCGAUAAAGAUUAUUGAAAUCCAGCUGGCGACUGGAGGGCUAAGGCCGACAUACACCAGAGAUAUUCUCAAUCUGGAGAGCGCAUUUGAACUUGGCCUGGUACCUUCCUCACUGUUUUUCCAGAUAGUUGAGAGGAGAAACAUUUGUAAGGAUUUGAUUGAUCCCAACACUGCAGAAAAAGUUUCACUGAUUGAGCUUGUACAGAGGAGCCGAAUCCAUGAACCGACAAGACUUCGCCUGCUUCCUGUGAAGGGUGGAAAAGAUGGACUGGGGAAGACUGGGGAAGAUGUGAACAUUAUGAGAGCUAUGCAUGAAGGCAAUAUUGAUAAAGACUCUUUGCUUCGGUUGUUGAGCAGGCAGUUAUUUGGAGGAGGCAUUGUGGACCCCAGCACAGGCCAAAAGCUAACUGUUGAAGAGGCUUUAAACGGGGGUCUGAUUGAUCAGGACACUGCGAGUGAAAUACUGAGCCACCAAGCACAAACCGGUGGUAUUGUUAAUCCUAGCAAUGGGGCAAGACUUACAGUUGAUCAGGCCGUCCAGUGUGAGUUAAUGAGUUCCAGCAGUGCAUUGUUAGUCCUCGAGAGACAGAAAGCCUUCAUGGGUCUCAUUUGGCCUCAUGCUGGUGAAAUUCUCUCCUUCUCAACUUUUCUUCAAGAAAAAAUAGUCACAGAACAGCUGGCAUCUGAACUGCUCAGAAAGCGAAAGACAAUAACAGCCUUGUAUAUACCUGAAAAAUCUGAGGUGGUUGACAUGGACUCUGCAGUGCAGAAUAACAUGAUUGACCUGUUUACAAAAGACCUGCUGAAGACAAUAGAAAUCCCAGAUGUGUUCCCUGAUAUCAAUGAAUUAAAUGACAGAUUUUCCUCUUGGCUGGUUAUGCGCGAGCUACAACUUGAAGGAUUUAAGACAUUCGAUGAAGAAAUAAAGAGUGAUGGAAGUGCCACAAAUGCCCCAACACCUUCUGAGGCAAAGGAGUUAUUUGUUUCAUACCUCAUGAUGAAUAGCUAUAUGGAUCCAAUGUCAGGUCAAAGACUGUUAAUUUUUGAUAGGCAAGUAAAUAAAAUGGCUAAAUUACUCUUUGAUACGUCUGAAUCAGAAUGUGCUGACAGGAUAAACUCUUGUUAUACAAAAGAUGAUUUAGAGGGUGUCAGUGAAUUUCCAUUAAAUGAAAACAUUUCCGACACUGAAAAGGACUCUCUUAUUGGCAGCCUUGGUGCUUUAGAAGAAUUGCAAAUAUGUGAACCUUUGGAUUCCACUGAAUCAGAUGUUAAGAACUUUGUAAUAGAUGAAAAUGGUGAUGCUUUCCUAAGCAGAAGCGAACAUGGGACUAAAAUUGAACCUCACGAAGCAGAUAAGGACUCUAUAUGUUCAAAGGAAGACAACAGUCAAGUAGGCAAGGCUGACAUGUGUUCAGUAGUUGAUCAGUUUGAAUAUACUGAUACUAUUGAAAACGACCAAGAAAGACCUUCAGCAUCCCCACCUCUAUUAUCCAACGAAACAACCAGCGCUAUAGAAACAACCUCUGAAUUCCCACAUUCUGAGGUUUUGUGGGAUGACAAACGUGAGAGAGAUUAUUGCAUCCAUCUUAGAGCCCAAGUUAAGGAAGGGGGGAUUUUAGAUGUCACCUCUGGAAAACGAUAUGACUUGGAAGCUGCACUCGAUGAAGGACUUAUGGAUGAAAAUACUUUUUUAGAAGUACUUACUUUACAGCAACGAGAAUGUGAUUUUGAAGAUAAUGAAAGCCCCACAAUGUCAGAUUUGAAAAAGUCUGUCAGUCAAGGUUGCGUAUCAAGUAAUGUCGCCUUACAGAUCAUGGAAAAGCAGUACAUAUUGGAUGGUUUCUACAAUGCAGCCAUUGAAGAAAACAUUAAUGUUUGUGAGGCUUUAGAAACGGGACUGAUUUCUGGUGAUGUCAGUAGAAAUGUUCUCUGUUCAGAGCUGAUCAAGAAGGCCAUCACUGAUUCAGAGGGAAAGUGUUUAUGCAGUGUUUCAGAUGACCCCCAACUGGAAAUGUUGGAUGAUGAAGAGGCAGAGAGAAUGUUGCAUUCACAGCAGGACCAAAAGGUAGCUGUCAGGAAGCUUGAUAUUGCCAGAGAUCAGCUCAAUCAAACAGAUUCAGUAAACUCAAGAUCAGAUGAGGUCUCACAGGUAUCUUCAAAUGUAGCACAUAUAAGCAGUUGUCAGGAUCACCAAGUCCCUGCCUUAACCAUACAUGACACUCAAUGUGAGGUUAGUCCAGCUGUAUAUAAAACUUUACCUGAAGACAAUGAGAUUGACAACGUUGCUGGAAUAGGAGGAGAUAAUAAUGUAGUUGAUGGUCACUUCAAGAAUCCCAAAACUGAGCUAGAAACUAUAGAUGAGGAAGAAGGAGGUUUCAUAUUGGAGGAAGAUGAGACAGAAAGACAGAAUGAGAAUGUUUUUGUCAUUAAUGUUUCUUGUGAAACUGGGGGUUCUUUACCAAAUGUCAAUGAGGUGGCCCAUCUGGACACAGCAGUAAAACAGCAGAGUGACACUGAAAUGUUGUGUUCAUCACAAAGUGAUAUCUGCUCUGACAAAGGACAACCAAAAAGUGUAGUGGAUUCUGAACUGGAAUCAAAAAGAUUCCAAAUCGAGUCAGAAAUAACAAAUAUCUCUAGCGAGGAACUCUGUGAAAACUUAAGUGCUUCGCUAGCAAUAGUAGUAGAUAUUGAACCAGUUGUAACACUAGCACAGGAACAAUCAACCCAUUUGGAGACUACAACAGAGCUCAGUUUGAUGAGUGAUAAUCAGCUUACAUUAGCUGAGGAUUUGCAACUUCAAACAGAAGAAAUGGCAUCUGAAGCUAAACAAUUAUAUAAAGCCAAACACUCCAGUAUUGCAAGUGAAAGACCAGAUCAUUUUGACACAUGCAGUACAGGUAAUGAAGGAGUGGUUAAACAUGAGAACAAGAGUUUUGAAAUGUCUGAAAAAUAUUCCAUUGCAAAUCCUGAAUUCAACAUGGGCUGCACUAAAGGCAGUAUUGACAUAAAGAAAAAACAAAAUGAUGACUUUGAAAACUCUUUUGAAAUCAACCCAAAAGAUAUAACUGCAGUACAUUCUGACCCAUUACCACUUGAAAUGCUUACUAAUGCUAGUCUUUUGGAUGCUAACAGUGCUACACGUAACACAGAACACUUGUCUGAGCAAAGAGUAUUAUGUAACCAUGUUCCCCCAAAUGUCACUACAGUAGUUGAGAUUACCAAAGCAGAUGAAUCAGAUUUUGAAAGAGACAAUGAACGGGGAAAAGACUCAGCCAUGACCUCAGGUCUUUGUUCAGAUAACAUUUUUACAGGAUUGAAAGAAUUGCAGUCUUCCUCCGAACUACCAAGUUCUUCUGUCAGAGAUUGGGGUACCGAACAAAGCGUAGAUGAACAGUCUCAAGUGGUUGUUAAAGAUGCAGCCAUUGAAGAAAACAUUAAUGUUUGUGAGGCUUUAGAAACAGGUCUGAUUUCUGAUGAUGUCAGUAGAAAUGUUCUCUGUUCAGAGCUGAUCGGGAAGGCCAUCAUUGAUUCAGAGGAAAAGUGUUUACACAGUGUUUCAGAAGCCUGCCAACUGGAAAUGUUGGAUGAUGAAGAGGCAGAGAGAAUGUUGCAUUCACAGCAGGACCAAAGAGUAACUGUUAGGAAGCUUGAUAUUGCCAGAGAUCAGCUCAAUCAAACAGAUUCAGUAAACUCAAGAUCAGAUGAGGUCUCACAGGUAUCUUCAAAUGUAGCACAUGUAAGCAGUAGUCAGGAUCACCCAGUCCCUGCCUUAACCAUACAUGACACUCAAUUUGAGGUUAGUCCAGCUGUAUAUAAAAUUUUACCCAAAGACAAUGAGAUUGACAAUGUUGUUGAAAUAGGGGGAGAUAAUAAUGUAGUUGAUGGUCACUUCAAGAAUCCCAAAACUGAGCUAGAAACUAUAGAUAAGGAAGAAGGAGGUUUCACAAUGGAGGAAGAUGAGACAGAAAGUCAGAAUGAGAAUGAUGUUGUCAUUAAUGUUUCUUGUGAAACUGGAGGUUCUUUACCAAAUGUCAAUGAGGUGGCCCAUCUGGAGAAAGCAGAGAGGCAGCAGAGUGUCUCUGAAAUGUUGUGUUCAUCACAAAGUGAUAUCUGCUCUGACAAAGGACAACCAAAAAGUGUAGUGGAUUCUGAAGUCGAGUCAAAAAUAACAAAUAUCUCUAGCGAGGAACUCUGUGAAAACUUAAGUGCUUUGCUACCGAGAGUAGUAGAUAUUGAACCAGUCGUAACACUAACACAGGAACAAUCAACCCAUUUGAAGACUACAACAGAGCUCAGUUUGAUGAGUGAUAAUCAGCUUACAUUAGCUGAGGAUUUGCAACUUCAAACAGAAGAAAUGGCAUCUGAAGCUAAGGAACUAUAUAAAGGCAAACACUUCAGUAAUGCAAGUGAAAGACCAGAUCAUUUUGACAGUACAGAUAAUAAGGGAGUGGUUAAACAUGAGGACAAGAGUUUAGAAAUGUCUGAACAAUUUCCCCUUGAAAUGAUUACUGAUGCUAGUCUUUUAGAUGUUAACAGUGGUACACGUAACACUGAACACUUGUCUGAGCAACAAGUAUUAUGUAACCAUAUUCCCCCUAGUUUCACUGCAGUAGUUGAGAUUACCAAAGCAGGUGAAUCAGAUUUUGAAAGAGACAAUGAACAGGGAAAAUACUCAGCCAUGACCUCAGGUCUUUGUUCAGAGAACAUUUUUACAGGAUUGAAAGAAUUGCAGUCUUCCAAACUACCAAGUUCUUCUGUCAAAGAUCAGGGUUCCGUACUAAGCGUAGAUGAACAGUCUCAAGUGGUUGUUAAAGAUGCAGCCAUUGAAGAAAACAUUAAUGUUUGUGAGGCUUUAGAAACGGGACUGAUUUCUGGUGAUGUCAGUAGAAAUGUUCUCUGUUCAGAGCUGAUCAAGGAGGCCAUCACUGAUUCAGAGGGAAAGUGUUUACACAGUGUUUCAGAUGACCGCCAACUGGAAAUGUUGGAUGAUGAAGAGGCAGAGAGAAUGUUGCAUUCACUGCAGCACCAAAGAGUAGCUGUUAGGAUGCUUGAUAUUGCCAGAGAUCAGCUCAAUCAAACAGAUUCAGUAAACUCAAGAUCAGAUGAGAUAUCACAGGUGUCUUCAAAUGUAGCACAUAUAAGCAGUAGUCAGGAUCACACAGUAUCUGCCUUAACCAUACAUGACACUCAAUGUGAGGUUAGUCCAGCUGUAUAUGAAACUUUACCCCAAGACAAUGAGAUUGACAACGUUGCUGGAAUAGGGGGAGAUGAUAAUGUAUUUCAUGGUCACUUCAAGAAUCCUAAAACUGAGCUAGAAACUAUAGAUGAAGGAGAAGGAGGUUUCACAUUGGAGGAAGAUGAGACAGAAAGUCAGAAUGAGAAUGAUUUUGUCAUCUAUGUUUCUUGUGAAACUGGAGGUUCUUUACCAAAUGUCAAUGAGGUGGCCCAUCUGGAGAAAGCAGAGAGGCAGCAGAGUCACUCUGAAAUGUUGUGUUCAUCACAAAGUGAUAUCUGCUCUGACAAAGGACAACCAAAAAGUGUAGUGGAUUCUGAAGUCGAGUCAAAAAUAACAAAUAUCUCUAGCGAGGAACUCUAUGAAAACUUAAGUGCUUCGCUAGCAAUAGUUGUAGGUAUUGAACCAGUUGUAACACUAACACAGGAAAAAUCAACCCAUUUGAAGACUACAGCAGAGCUCAGUUUGAUGAGUGAUAAUCAGCUUACAUUAGCUGAGGAUUUGCAUUUUCAAACAAAAGAAAUGGCAUCUGAAACUAAAGAAUUAUAUAAAGCCAAACACUUCAGUAAUGCAAGUGAAAGACCAGAUCAUUUUGACAGUACAGAUAAUAAAGGAGUGGUUAAACAUGAGGACAAGAGUUUCGAAAAAUUUCCCCUGGCAAAACCUGAAUCCAACAUGCGCUGCAUUAAAGGCAGCAUUGACAGUAAGAAAAUACAAAAUGAUGAUUCUGAAAACUCUCUUCAAAUCAACCCAAAAGAUAUAACUGCAGUACAUUCUGACCCAUUACCACUUGAAAUGAUUACUGAUGCUAGUCUUUCAGAUGCUAACAGUGGUACACGUAACACAGAACAAUUGUCUGAGCAAAGAGUAUUAUGUAACCAUGUUCCCCAAAAUGUCACUGCAGUAGUUGAGAUUACCAAAGCAGAUGAAUCAGAUUUUAAAAGAGACAAUGAACAGGGAAAAGACUCAGCCAUGACCUCAGGUCUUUGUUCAGAGAACAUUUUUACAGGAUUGAAAGAAUUGCAGUCUUCCUCCAAACUACCAAGUUCUUCUGUCAGAGAUCGGGGUACCGAACAAAGCGCAGGUGAACAAUCUCAAGUGGUUGUUAAAGGCGCACAUCAGGAACCUUCUCAAGUGUCUCAACAGGAAUGCACAGAAAGUGAAAAAGUUCCAGAAAUAAUGAGCAACAAUGAUUUAAAGACAUUUUUAAAUGAAUUUGUUCAAAUGAAGGUGGAAGAAGCAAGUGUGGAUGAGAUUCAAAGUCAGAAAUGGCAAGUCAUUAAGAAGAUGAUUGAAAUCAUUCAACACCGCUCUUCACCCUUUGCUGCUAAUCAACCCAACUUACAUGACAGAAGCAGGGAUCCAGACAUCCUUCUGGAUUUGAAAAAACACGGACUUGGUCUAGAGUUAAGAGAUGAUCGGAAAUGUCCGGCUGAUGAGGGUUAUCAUGAGUCGUAUCAUCAGUCUGAUGUUGGACUAGUACAGUGUCAGCUACUGGAGAUGAUCCAGGGCAUCUCCAAUAGCAGAGAUCAGGAAGCGCUUAAAGAAGUCUAUGAAAAGUUAAGCAGUCUUUUGGGGGCAACUGUUGUCGUUUCAGAUGAAAGUAUGGAAGCUAAGAGCAGUACAGUUGAAGUUACAGACGAUACCAUUGUCACCAGCUCUAACCAACAGAGAUUUUCUACCCAGAAUUACCUGGAAUGUGUUGGAAGACUCCAGGACCAUUAUGAUGCCAUUGACGAAAUAAGAAAUGACUUAGUGACCAAAUGUCCAUUAGCAGAAGAUAUUGAGGGUUUGCACGUUCAGCUAGAGGAAGCUCAGUCUCUGGAAGCACAGCUUGCUGUUCUCCCUGCUAUACUGAAGGCAGAUUUGAAUAUAGCAGAGCAACUUCUCAAUUCUGCUGAUGAACUUGUUCCCACACAAAUCCACCAAGAUCUGGCUACGGUUUAUGUAGAUUUGCAGAAUGCUUUCAAAGAUGUUUGCCAUUUGUCAGCUGAGAGAAGUAAUGCUAUUCAUCUAGCCAUUGACACGGUGAAGGUCCAUUUGGAAACCUCAUAUGAGGAUUUGCUAAGGUCCCUUGAUAGAAUCUCAGCUUGUAUAAAAGACGAUUCUGAAAUGGUGCCCAAGCUUGACAUCAUGAACGAUGAUGACUUGGACAAAGUGAAAGACAAGAUUCAACAAAAUAAGGACAUCAAGAACAACUUAUCAGGACAUCGCCAACUAUUGGAGGAUGCUGCUUUUGAUAUUCAAAACUUCAUUUCUGAGCACGCUCAGUUCUUGACUCCAACUCAUAGCAGACAACUUCUGAGAGCCCUCAGCACCACACAGAGAUCCUGCAAAGAGCUGACAGACAGGGUUUUCAUCCAAACCCAAACUCUGGAAGUCCACCUGAAGAUCUGUGAGGAUCAGACUGAGCAGCAGGCUGUGGUGGAAAAGCAGAAAGAGUUCUCAGAUAAACUACAAGAGCUGUUUGAUGAUCUAACACAGACGGAGAACCGCCUCAUUGGACACCAGCAGCAGGCUGCCAGUGCAAAGACUGUAGGAGAUCUUCAGCAAUACCAACAAGAGCAUCAGGCUCUUCAGAAAGACCUGCAGGCUAACGUCAGCGCCCUGAAUGAAGUCAUCAGCAGCACUAAAAAGUUCCUGGAGGAGAAUCGCAGUAAACUCACUCCAGAGCAGAUAUCGGCUCUUGAGACCAAAUUGGAAGAGCUGAAGAGCAAGGCAAAUAUGCUUAACCAGCGGGCAGACGAGUCCAGGAAUGAUCUGGACAAGGUGUUGACACGUGCCAUUAAACAAGAGACUGAAAAGGUAGCAGCUGUUGAGCAACUCGAAGAGAGCAAAAACAAGAUCGAGAAUCUUCUAGACUGGAUCUCCAAUGUUGGGAAAGAGAAAGAAAUGGGUGGGAUCCAAAAGGACCAGAUGCUAAAGCAGAAUGGAAACCUGCCCGAGAGUACAUCACUGAACAGGAUCAUUGAAGAGGGAGAUGAUCCGAAUGGAAACGCUUUGGACACCACAGACAAUGCACAUCUAGACGCUGCUGAAGAGAAAGACAGUAAAGCCCUGGACCUAGAUAAGCAGUAUGAACGGGUUCAAGCCCAUCAUCAGGAAAUCUUGUCUCAACAGAAGGACCUGAUUAUAGCUACACAGUCAGCGCAGGCUUUGCUGGACAAACAGGCUCAAGUCCUGUCCCCCGCCGAAAAAGACAAGCUACAGAGAGACAUUAAAGAGCUGAAGGAUCGAUACGACGCCUCCCUCACCCGGGCUGAGCAGCAGAUGAAGCGAGUCCAAACCGUUCAAGAGGAGCUCCAGAAGUUCCAAGGCGAUUGUGGGGAGUUUGAGACGUGGCUACAUCAGGCCCAGGAGCGACUCGAGGAGCUGGGAGCGCCCGCAGCGGGUCUGGAAACCUUGAGUAAUAACCUAAAGAGACAGAGGAGCUUCUCGGAAGAUGUCAUCUCUCAUAAAGGAGACCUGCGGUUCAUCACUAUCUCAGGUCAGAAGGUGCUGGAGGCAGCCAGGGUUUGCAAUCGUGCUGAAUCUGGAGGAACUGACGGCCUGCCAGCUGUUGAUAUGUCUGGCACUUGUGCUGCUGUGAAGGAGAAGCUAGACUCUACAGCCAGCUGUUACAAAGCUCUUCACUCAAAGUGUAAUCAGCUUGGAAACAACCUUGUGGAUGUAGUGGACAAGUACAGGAAAUAUGAAGACUCCAGCGGAGCUUUAGUGACAUGGCUGAAAAAUUCUGAGCAAGAGUCCAUAAGACAGCAGUCAGAACCCAUCGCCGGAGACCCACAGACGUUACAACGACAACUGGAGGAGACCAAGAGUCUUCAAGGCCAAACGACAGGUCGUCAGUCUGCAGUGGAUAUGCUGAAGAAAACGGCCGAUGCCGUGAUCACAGCAGAGGGCGACCUGCUGUCCAAUCCAGAUGAAAUUCAAGAGACAGUUGAUGACAUCAUCGAAAGAUAUGACAACCUGUCAAAGUCAGUGAGCGACCGCAACGAGAAGCUGCAGGUGACCCUUACGCGCUCUCUGAGUGUUCAGGACGGUCUGGAUGAGAUGAUGAAUUGGAUGGAGAGGGUGGAGGAGCGUGUGAAGGAAAUGCCAGAAGUUCCACUCGACUCAAAAUCGCUUUCAGAUGCACUUAGCAAAGAGACAGCUCUGGAGCAGGACAUGUGCAGCAGGCAGAGUAGCAUCUUGGCCAUGAAGACGAAGGUGGAGAAGUUUGUGGAGAGCGCUGAUCCGACGGCUGCCACUUUGCUGCAGGAUAAGAUGGAGGGCUUAAGUCAGCGCUUUACUGACGCCUCAGAAAAGCACCGGCAGAAAGUGGCUCAGAUAGAAACACUCAGAGACAAGGUGGAGCAGUUUGAGAAGACGUCUGAGAAGGUUCAACAGUUUGUGCUAAAGCGCUCGCAGGCUCUCUCAGAGACCGAUGGACCUGUAAAGAACGUCACUGAGCUAUCUCAACUCAUUCAGGACACGAAUGCAGAUUUAGCUGAGCAUGCUAAGGACGUGGAGACCCUUCGAAAACUAUCAGAGGAACUGAGCAAGUUGGGUCCUGAUGGAAGCAAAGCUCUUAUUCAGAGCAAGACAGAAAACAUCACUAACAUCUUCAAUGCUUUUAAAGACACAGUUGAAGAGAAAAAGCAGGAGAUUUCAUCAUGCCAAACGCUGCUGGUGGAGUUCAAAGCAGCCGCAGGGUUGUUAAUGAAAUGGCUGGAGGAGACAAAAGAGCAAAUGCCAAUGAGUCAGGCCAACUGCAGUGAACAGAGCCUGAGAAAACACUUGCUGAAAGUCAAUAGCUUACUGGAUGAAUGGACCUGUAAGGCUCAAGCGGUCCAGGAUAUAAAUAGCCGAGGGUCUGCUCUAUGUAGCCUAAUCAGUGUUUUGACAUCGCCGGCUAAAGCCAAGACACAUCACAACACAGGAUUGGCUGUCGGUAACGGUUCAGGCCCAGGAUGUGAUACCAAUCUGACAAAUCAAGAGUUGACGGUGGUACAGCAGAACGUGGCCUGCAUUAACAACAGUUAUGAAGACCUUGGAGAGCUUCUGAAGGCCAGAUCCUCUGAACUCGGUGCUUUGUUGGUGAAAGUUCAAGGGGUACAUGAGCAGGCCGACUCUUUACUUACAUGGAUGGAGGAUGUGAAGAAGACAGCAACAUCUUGGAAAAACCAUCCAUCUGGGAAAGAAUCAGUAAAAACACAGAUUGAACAACAGAAGGUCUUUGAGGAGAAUAUGAAACAAAAGCACGAGCAGGUCCAGCAGGUGAGAGAGAACUUGCAGCGUCUGAUCGAGGAACACCCCGACUCACCCGAGGCAGAAAAGUGGAAGCACAUGCUGGCACAGAUUGACGCAGAAUGGGAGGAGGUCAGGGGUUCAGCGGAGAUCAGGAAGCAGCACCUGGAGGACACGUCCCGAAUGCUGGAGCUCUUUCAUACCAGCCAACCGCAGCUUUCACAGUGGCUACAGGAGAAAGAGUUGAUGAUGAGUGUAUUGGGUCCUCUGUCUGUGGAUCCCAACAUGCUUAACACACAAAAGCAGCAAGUCCAGAUUCUCCUAAAGGAGUUUGACAGCCGAAAACCCCAGUAUGAAAAGUUAAAUGAGGCGGCCAAUGCAAUCAUUACUGCGUCAGAUGAAAAGCAGGAUCCGGCUGUAGAGAAGGUUAAAGAACAACUGGCAUCAAUUUCACAGAAAUGGCAGGGCCUGACCAGCCAGCUGUCUCAGAGACAUGGCAUAAUUGAACAGGCUGUAGGUAAGACCACUCAAUUUCAGGAGCUUUUACACAGCCUCAGUGAAAGUGCUACUCGCCUGGAGACCGGGCUUAACACGCAGCAGGCCUUCAGCACCCAGCCUGAUGAGGUGAAGAAGCAGAUCGAAUCCACCAAUGAAAUCCUGGCACAGCUGCGAGAGGAGAAGAAGAGGCUGAAGGAGGCUGAGGGCAUCUGUUCGGACCUCUCUGCUUUGGUGACUGAGGAAUAUCUCAGAGCGGACUUGACAAAGCAGCUUGAGAGCGUCACCAAACCAUUUAGACAGCUUGAGGACAAAGCAGGAAAGCGCAUUGAGCAACUCAACUCAGCCUUUGCCAGCUCCCAACAGUUCCAUCUGACAUCUAAAGACUUCCAAACCUGGUUAAAUGAAAGACUUCAGGAGCAGCGUAAGCCCCAUCCCAUCUCUGCUCACCUAGAAAUGUUACAACAGAGCCUUAAAGAGAACGGUGUCAUUCAGAAGACCAUUUGUGACCAUGAGGAACCUUAUAACAACAUCAUGAAGGAAGGAGAAUCUCUCCUCCAAAGCACAGAGGGGCCAGAGAAAGUGGCCCUUCAAGGGCAACUCUCUGCUCUGAAGUCCAACUGGGAUGAUGUGAAGAAAUGCAAUGCCGAGCAAGCAGAAAAACUUCAAGGUGCCAUGCAAAAGGCUUCGAAAUACAAGGAAAUAUCAGAAGAUCUGAACUCAAGGCUGCAGGAAUGUGAAGCAAAGGAAAAGAGUGUGAAGCUCAGUGUGAACUUGGAUGAGAUUGAGAAAUCCACUUUGCAGUUGAAAGCUAUACACAAGGACCUUGAGAAGCAAAGAGGGCAGGUUGUGUUGAUGAACGCAGCUGCAGACAGCCUUCUGGAGGUAGUCACAUCGGAUGGUGAUACAGUUAGAGGGGAGAAGUUAGCUGUUGCUAAAAGAGUGGAGAAGCUAACGGAAGAUUUACAGCUCAAGAAAGAAGGCUUAGAAACAAUCUCACAGAAGAUAAAAGAGUUUACCGACUUGCAGAAGGAAGCUAAAGGCCAACUGGAAGUUGCCAAGAAACAGCUUGAGUCUCACACUGCUUUGGGUGUUCAGGCCUACAGCAACAAGAACUUGACCAACAUGAAAGCUCAGCAGAAUCGUUUAGAGGUUGUCCACAAUCAGAUUGAGGAUCUCAAAAAUCUUGCCAAAAGUCUUGUGGUAGAUGUCCCUGAGGUUGACGGUGUGACGGACCUUCUUCUUCAAGCAGAUAGCCUGGAGAAAGACCACAUGUCUGUUACGGAGGAGGUGGACGAUGCUUGUUCCACCUUAGAGAACAAACUCCACGGCAUUGGUGAAUUCCAGAACAGCAUUCGUGAAAUGUUUACAAGCUUUGCAGACCUGGACGAUGAGUUGGAUGGCAUGGCUCCAGUGGGCAGAGACCUCGGCAUUAUACAGGAUCAACAGAGCACAAUUAAAGACUUUGUUGCCAAACUUCAGGAUCUGAUGACCAACACAGUCAAUGCCAAAGACAGUUGCGAGAAGAUGCUGGAGUCAGGGGCCUCACCAGAUCUGCAAGGUUUGAAGAGAGAUUUGGAAACCUUGAGCAAACAGUGUGGAAAGUUGAUGGAUCGAGCAGCCGGUAGAAGAGAGCAGGUUGAGGACACUCUUGGUCAUCUGGAGGCGUUCUACAACAAGGUGCACGAGUUUACACACAAACUCGGCGAAGCUGAGAAGCAAGAGGAUUCCCAGGGGACUGUUGGAUCGGAGACAGACGUCAUUAACCAACAACUGGAGUCCUUUAAGGUUUUUCAGAAAGACGUAAUGGAGUCUUUACAGACCCAGCUGCAGGAGUUGAACUCUUUGGGUCAGAGCUUGAUCCAGAGCGCCACCAAAGGUACCUGCACCAAAAACCUUGAGCAUGACCAGGAUGAACUUAACAGCAGGUGGAAUACCCUCAGCAAAAAAGUUGCUGACAGAUCUGCACAGCUUCAUGAAGCCCUGCUGCACUGUGGCAGGUUUCAGGAUGCUCUGGAGUCUCUUCUUAGCUGGCUGACAGACACAGAGGAGCUUGUGGACAAUCAGAAACCCCCAUCUGCAGAGUUCAAAGUGGUCAAAGCACAAAUACAAGAACAGAAGCUUCUGCAGAGACUGCUGGAUGACCGAAAGGCCACGGUGGAGCUGAUAAAGAUGGAGGGACCGAAGGUGACAGAGUUAGCUGACACGGCUGAUAAGGAGAAGAUUGCAAAGGAAAUUGAAUGCCUGGGGCAGAGGUGGGAUGCCCUGCUAAAGAAAGCUGAGAACAGACACAAGCAACUGGAGAAUAUUUUAGUGGUGGCACAGCAAUUCCACGAAACCCUUGAGCCUUUGACCGAAUGGCUGACUGCUACUGAAAAAAGACUGGCAAACACGGAGCCCAUUGGCACGCAAACGGCCAAGUUACAGGAGCAGAUUUCACAGCAUAAGGCCUUAGAGGAGGAGGUUAUGGGCCACGGUAAGAUCUUGUACCAGGCCUUGAGUCUGGGCCAGUCCCUCCGGGCGGUCAGCUGCGUGGAUGACAAGCUGGUACAGGCCAAGCUAGACAACACUCAGAGCGGCUAUAUCGGGCUCCAGGAGCGUUGCCGCAUGAAGUCGGAGCUGUUACGGCAGGCCCUGGCUAAUGCGCGGGUCUUUGGGGAGGACGAGGUGGCCCUCAUGACCUGGCUCAAUGAGGUGCACGCCGAACUGAGCCAAGUCUCCGUCCAAGGCUACACAACCGCCGUGCUUGCAAAACAGCACGCUGAGCAGCUGGCUGUACAGGAGGACAUAGAGCUAAGAAAACCAAAUGUUGAGCAAGCCAUCUUCAAUGGGUUAGAACUGCUGAAACAGACCACAGGCGAUGAGGUUGUUGUCAUCCAAAGCAAACUUGAUGGAAUAAAGACGAGGUAUUCAGAGAUCAACACAAUCAGCAACAAUGUUUCAAAAACUCUGGACAAAGCCCUGUCUCUCGCCACAAAGCUACAAAACACCCAUGAGGAACUGAAUGUCUGGCUGGAAAAGGUGGAGUCUGAACUGGCCACGUUUAAAGCUCACGAGGUGGUCGGAGAGCAGCCUGCUCACCUGCAAGAGAGACAAAAAGCACUGCUGAAUGAGGUUAAAGGUCAGAAGCCACUGCUGGAUUCUCUCAAUGAAGUCAGCACUGGUCUUCUUGAACUUGUGCCAUGGCGAGCGAGGGAAGGGUUGGACAGAAUGAUCACAGAGGACAACGAUCGCUACAGAUCGGCCAGUGAUGCCAUUAACCAGCAUGUGGACCAGACUGGAGCUGCCAUCUUAAAAUCACAGCAGUUCGAGAAGGCAGCCGCCACUGAGCUGGCAUGGUUGACGGAGGCAGAGAAGAAGUUGUCAUCUCUUGGUGACGUGGGGCUUGAACCCGGACAGACCACAGCUCAGCUUCAGGCUCAGAAGAGCUUCUCCAUGGACAUCAUGAGACAUAAAGAUGCUGUUGAUGAUAUUGUAAAGACAGGCGAGGCCAUCGCGAAGAGCAAAGAUGAGGCAGAGAAGCUUGCAUUAAGGGCAACACUUCAGGCCGUGAUGGAGAAGUAUAACGUGGUGAGCCAGCUGAACUCUGAGCGCUGUCUUCAGCUUGAGCGAGCUCAUUCUCUAGCCUGCCAAUUCUGGGAGACCUACGAGGAGCUCUGGCCAUGGCUGCAGGAGAUCCGAUCUACUUUCACUCAACUGUCCCAGCCAGUUAUUGAGUAUGAGGCGCUCAGACAACAGCAGGAGGAACUGAGGCAAAUGAGGGAGCUGAUUUCAGAGCACAAGCCGCACAUCGACAAGAUGAAUAAAACCGGACCUCAGCUGGUGGAGUUAAGUCAGACAGAGGGGUUGGCCAUCAGAGAGAAGUAUCAGACGGCAGAUACGUUGUACAGCCAGCUUAAGGUCGAUGUCAAACACAGAGCUGCUGCUCUGGAUGAAGCCAUCUCCAAAUCCACUCAGUUCCAUGAUAAGAUCGACCCCAUGUUAGAGUCUCUGGAGCGCAUCGUCGAGCGUCUGCGUCAACCUCCAUCCAUCUCUGUGGAGGUGGAGAAGAUAAGGGAGCAGAUAUCUGAAAACAAAGCAACGGGUGUAGACCUGGAGAAACUUCAGCUCUCGUAUGAGACCCUCAAACAGCGAGGGGAGGAGAUGAUCAGCCGCUCUGAAGGAGCAGACAAAGACCACUCGGCCAAAGCUGUACAAGACAAACUGGAUCAGUUAGUGUUUGUAUGGAAUGACAUCCAAGCCCUUCUGGAGGAGAGAGAGGCUAAGCUCCUGGACGUAAUGGACCUGGCCGAGAAGUUCUGGUGUGAUCACUGCGCUCUAAUUGUCACCAUCAAGGACACACACGACCUGCUGAGAGAGCUGGAGGAACCUGGAGUUGAUCCUUCAGUGGUCAAACAACAGCAAGAGUCUGUGGAGGGCUUUAGAGAGGAGAUUGAUGGCCUUCAAGAGGAACUGAAUGUGGUCCAGAAUCUCGGGGCUGAACUCAUGACAGCGUGUGGAGAACCGGACAAGCCAGUGAUUAAAAAAAGUAUAGAUGAGGUAAACUCAGCUUGGGAAACUCUGAACAAAAUGUGGAAGGAGAGAAUAGAGACACUAGAGGAAGCCAUGCAGGCUGCGGUUCAGUUCCAGGACAGUCUUCAGAACAUGUUUGACUCUGUGGAUAUCAUGGAAGGCAAACUGGACUCGAUGUCGCCCGUGGGCACAGACCUGGAGACUGUGAAACAACAGAUCGAAGAACUAAAGGAGUUCAAAAGUGAGGCGUACCAGCUGCAGAUCGAGAGGGAAAGGUUGAACCAUCAGGCCGGGAUCCUGCUCAAGAAGGUGGCAGAGGAAAACGAUCGCAGCCCCAUCCUGGAACCAAUGAACGAACUGAAAAUCCUCUGGGACAACCUGGAUAAAAAGAUUAUUAACAGACAGCACAAACUGGAGGGGGCGCUGUUGGCACUGGGACAGUUUCAGCACGCUUUAGAUGAACUUCUGGCUUGGCUUACUCAUACAGAAGAGCUGCUUGGUGAACAGAGGAAGGCCUGUGGCGACCCAAAAGCUAUUGAGAUCGAGCUCGCAAAGCACCAUGUGUUGCAGAAUGAUGUCCUGGCCCAUAAGAGCACAGUGGAGGCGGUUAAUAAGGCGGGCAGUGACCUGGUCCAGUCCAGUGAUGGAGAGGAGGCCAGCGGCUUACAGAACAAGCUGGACAACCUAAAUCAGCGCUGGAAAACCAUCCUGGAAAAAACCGAACAGAGGAGAAAGCUUCUGGACAGUGCCCUGCUGCAGGCUCAAGGUUUCCAUGGUGAGAUUGAAGACAUUCAGCAAUGGCUAAAAGACACAGAGCGUCAGCUGUUAGCAUCAAAGGCCCUGGGCGGCUUACCAGAUACUGCCCGCGAGCAGCUCGACACCCAUCUGGAACUGUGCAGUACGUUAGAGGCAAAAGAGGAGAUAUACAAGCAGCUUCUUCAGAAAGGGCAGCAGAUUUUGGCCAUGACGCCCGAGGGUCAAGACAGCACCACCGAACUGGACCUACGCAACCUGCAGGCCAAAUGGGAGAGUGUUCAGGCCAAAGCGUCUGACAGGAAGGUGAAACUGGAGGAGGCUCUGGUGAUGGCCACAGACUUUCACAACUCACUGCAGGAUUUCAUUAACUGGCUGACACAAGCUGAGCAGACCCUCACUAUGAUUUCUCCUGCCUCUCUUAUCCUGGAGACAAUUAUGUUCCAGAUAGAUGAACAUAAGAUGUUUGUGACUGAGGUGAACUCGCAUCGAGAUCAGAUCAUUGAGUUGGAUAAGAUGGGAACACACCUGAAGUACUUCAGUGAGAAGCAGGACGUGGUGUUGAUCAAGAACCUGCUGCUGAGCGUUCAGAGUCGCUGGGAGAAGAUCGUGCAGAGGUCUGUAGAGAGAGGACGACUGCUGGACGAUGCCAAGAAACGGGCGAAACAGUUUCACGAGAGCUGGACCAAACUGAUGGAGUGGCUGGAGGAGUCUGAGAGAGCUUUAGACUCAGAGCAGGAGAUCGCAAAUGAUCCAGACAAGAUCAAGACGCAGUUAACCCAGCACAAGGAGUUCCAGAAAGCUCUGGGCAGCAAGCACUCAGUGUACGACACCACGAGUCGCACCGGCCGAGCUUUAAAGGACAAGACAUCUCUCCAAGAUGACAACCAGAAACUGGACGACAUGCUCAGCGAGCUCAGGGACAAAUGGGACACAGUCUGUGGGAAAUCUGUGGAGAGGCAGAACAAGUUGGAGGAGGCUCUGCUGUUCUCAGGUCAGUUCACAGACGCGCUGCAGGCUCUCAUCGACUGGCUCUAUAAAGUUGAACCGCAGCUGGCUGAAGAUCAGCCUGUUCACGGGGACAUAGACCUUGUCCUGCAUCUCAUUGACAGCCAUAAGGUUUUCCAAAAAGAGCUGGGAAAGAGGACAGGCAGCGUGCAGGCUUUGAAACGCUCGGCACGUGAGCUGAUGGAGAGCAGUCAUGAUGACUCAUCAUGGGUCAAAGUUCAAAUGCAGGAGUUGAGCACUCGUUGGGAGACGGUGUGUAGUCUGUCAGUGUCCAAACAGACGCGGCUGGAACAAGCACUGUGUCAGGCUGAGGAGUUUCACUCCACUGUUCAUAUUUUACUUGAGUGGCUCGCGGAGGCUGAACAGAGUCUUCGUUUCCACGGCACCCUGCCUGAUGAUGAAGAAGCCCUCCGCGCUCUCAUCGAACAGCACAAGGAGUUUAUGAAGAAGCUGGAGGAGAAGAGGCUGGCACUGAAUAAAGCCACAAGCAUGGGAGAAGCCAUCCUGUCCAUCUGCCACCCAGACUCUAUUACCACCAUCAAACACUGGAACACCAUCAUUAAAGCACGCUUUGAGGAGGUAACAGCCUGGGCACGUCAGCACCAGCAGAGGCUCUCCAGUGCUCUGGAUGAACUGCUGGCCACUCGGGAUCUGCUGGAGAACCUGCUGAAGUGGCUUCAAUGGUCUGAAACCACGCUCGGUGAGAAAGACAAAGAACCUCUGCCUCAGGAGAUAGAUGAGGUCAAAAGCCUCAUCGCUGAACAUCAGGCUUUCAUGGAAGAAAUGACUAGAAAACAACCAGAUGUGGACAAAAUCACCAAAACCCAUAAGAGGAAAACUACAGCAGAUCCUCCAGUUCAGUCUCAAAUCCCUGUUCUGGAGAAAGGACGAUCUGCCAGAAAGAGAUCUCCUACACAAUCCAUGUACACCACAGCAUCUCAGGCACAAAUCGAGACCAAGAAUCCCAGAGUGAACCUGCUGGUUAGUAAGUGGCAGCAGGUGUGGCUGCUGGCUCUGGACAGGCGGAGGAAACUCAACGAUGCUCUGGACAGACUGGAGGAGCUAAAGGAGUUUGCAAACUUUGACUUUGACGUAUGGAGGAAACGCUACAUGCGCUGGAUGAACCACAAGAAGUCGCGCGUUAUGGAUUUCUUCCGACGCAUUGAUAAAGACCAGGAUGGCAAAGUCACAAGGCAGGAGUUCAUUGAUGGCAUCCUAUCCUCGAAAUUCCCUACAAGUCGUCUGGAGAUGAGCGCUGUAGCAGACAUUUUUGAUCGGGAUGGUGAUGGAUACAUCGACUAUUAUGAGUUUGUGGCCGCCCUGCAUCCCAACAAAGAUGCGUACAAACCAUUAACUGAUGCUGACAAAAUUGAAGAUGAGGUGACCCGCCAAGUUGCAAAGUGCAAGUGUCCCAAACGCUUCCAAGUAGAGCAAAUUGGCGCCAACAAAUAUCGGUUCUACCUUGGAAACCAGUUUGGAGAUUCCCAGCAGCUCAGGCUGGUGCGGAUCCUGCGCAGUACGGUGAUGGUGCGGGUUGGGGGAGGCUGGAUGGCCCUAGAUGAGUUUCUGGUGAAGAAUGACCCGUGCAGAGCUAAAGGCAGAACCAAUGUGGAGCUUCGAGAAAAGUUUAUUCUUCCGGAAGGCACCACUCAGGUGAUGGCCAGCUUUCGGUACAGAGGUCGAAGGUCGCGGCCUUCCUCAAGAGGUGCUUCUCCUAACAGAUCCAACUCCAGCCACUGCUGUGCCGUACAACCUAACCCACCUGGAGCAAGCACGCCCAAGACUCCCCAACAUUUAACUCGCAAUUAUGAUAAACCCUGGCUGACAAACAGCAAGUCAGCCACUCCUCUUAAAUCAUCCGAAUCCUUUGACAGUCAAGAGUCAUCCAGUGAGAGCACCCCCAUUCAGGGCAGUAAACUUCGUCUUCCAGGAUAUUUAUCAGGAAAAGGCUUCCAGUCUGGAGAAGAUGGAGCUUUGAUCAAUGCUGCGGUGAUGAAGGCAAGAGGUCAGGCCACCGGAUCGAGUAAGAUUCCAAGCAGACCCGGCAGCAAAGCAGGAAGUCGAGGAAGCAGCCGUCGCGGCAGCGAUGCCUCAGACUUUGAUAUUUCCGACAUCCAGUCGGUUUGUUCAGACGCAUCGGAGACAGUGACUGACUCAGGACGGCCGACGCCCCGGUCAUCCUCACGUCAGCACGGGGGAAAGCCCUCCAAAAUCCCUACGCCCAAAAGGAGGAGCACACCUACUAGCAAACUAGCCAAGACAUCUAAAAGAUAGUCAACAGUCCAAGUUAACAGAAGUACUGGACUAGCGAGACCGGACAGAUGUAGAUUGACACUAAAGACUUUGAGGCGUUAUUUUAAAGUGUAGCAAGAUGUAAAUUAUUCUGUUGUGAAUGUGAUAAAAAAUAUCACGUGAAGUGUGUCUGUGUGUGUGUGUGUGUGCAGAGUGCAAUGGCUUUGUGUAGUUGUCCUGUACUUUAUGUGAAUAAUGUUGCAGCAUCAUGAUUUUUUAUUGCUGAGAAAGGUUUGCAACAUUGAAAACAAGAAAAUAUGUUAGUUCAACUAACAGUUCUCCACGUUUGCUUUAAGAGAUGAGCUGAAUGUACAUGAAUUCGUCAAGCUUGUCAGUAAUAAUAUGCCUCUGUAUUCUGCAUCACAGUUAUUUAUUCAUCAAUUUAAAGUGCAAUGCCAAACUGCUGUUAUGCAUUUAAAGGACAAUAUAAGACUUACACCGUAACCACAGCUACAAUGCAGUUAACCCUGAUCAUAGCCUUUAAAUCUUCUGAUCAAAUCACAGAUGGUGUACUGUAAGUCAGGAAACUGUUGUUACAGUAAGGUCAUAAAGACAUUCAGAAGUGCAAUCAUGCCUGUGUACUUCUUUCUUUGCCUGACUGAUGCCGAUUCCUCACACAACUUUUUGUAAUAAAUCUGCUUGCACAAAGCUUAACAACAUA